CAGUGUGUGUUUGAACUCUUCUCUCUUCUCUCUCCAGGAGGUGAACUUCCAGCCGUGUCAGAUGAAGACGUUCUUCCAGAUGCCGUUCCCCAUCAACUUCAUCAGCGAGAGCAUCCGCACGGUGCCGUUCGCCCACGAGGACUACGCCAGUCUGUGCAUCUUGGCGAGAAUGAUGACGUCGAAGUUUCUCCACGGAGAGAUCCGGGAGAAGGGCGGGGCUUAUGGGGGCGGAGCCAGGAUGGGAGGCGGACUCUUCUCCUUUUACUCAUACAGGGACCCGAACUCCCUGCAGACCCUCUCAGCGUUUCGCCGAAGCGUCGAUUGGGCCAAGUCGGGGGAUUUCUCCCAGCAGGACAUCGACGAGGCCAAACUGUCCGUCUUCUCCGCCGUGGACUCACCUGUGGCCCCCGCCAGCAAAGGAAUGGGUCGUUUCCUGAGUGGAGUCACAGACGAGAUGCUGCAGGGUCACAGAGAGAGGCUCUUCGCUGUCUCUCACAGAAGUCUGGUGGAGGUCGCCGAGAGAUAUCUGGGUGUCGGUCAGAGGACGUGUGGUGUCGCCAUCCUGGGCCCAGAGAACGAGACGAUUAAAAAAGAUCCCUCAUGGAUUGUAAAAUAAUGUAUUAUUAAAACCUGUUAGGAUUAUUUUUUAAAUGGUGGCAAAAAAAUCUGAAGUGCACAAAACCAGAAGGAGGACCGACGAGUGUUUUUAGUAAAUCUGACUCUGCAGAUUAUGACUUUUCCUUCUUUGAUAUAUUCUGUUAUGUACAUAUUUAUGAAAAUCUGAUUAUUAAAUAACAGCAUAAUAUUGGAAAAAU